GUGAAUGUGGGAAAGAUUUCACACGCAUUGAUGUUGGAAAGGCUCUUUCGAACAGUAAAUAAAGGUGAAAAGGAAAAUCUUAGAUUUAAAUGAAAUUUUAAUCAGGCAAAAAUUCAAGCGUAAAAACAGACAGAUUGAGCUUCUCAACGCUUUAUGCACGCUAUUUAAUUAAACAGCGACGUUGGUAGCCCGGCUGAAAUCGAUCAAAAACCAAUCUUUGUUGACCAUUGGCCAUCCAGCUUACCACAUCUCAUUUUAUCAGGGAAGAUAUCUUCGGAUAGUUUUAUCGCUGACGGUUUCGAAGGAAACUCAAAGAAGACAGACGCAUAAACAGUUGGGGUUCCGCAGAGAAACGACCGCAAAAAACGAUGCUUCCCCACAGUUUAACACUUCAACAUUGCUUCCUGUCGAUUUUCACGUUUAAAGUAAUAUUGGUGACAAUGAAGUAUCAAAGUUGUCAUGCUCAAAUAAACAGAACAAAAAUUGAGCAAAGUCUGAUAAAGGCUCUCUUUAAAAAUUAUGAUUCGGAAGGAAGACCAGUUUUGAACCUGUCGACACCAGUUGUAGUCAAGUUUGGAUUAGCCUACAGUAAUCUUCAAAGUUUGGAUGAAAAGAAUCAAGUUUUGACAAGUAACGUUUGGAUAAGACAGCAAUGGCACGAUCCUUGGCUGUCCUGGAACGCAUCAAAAUACAAUGGUCUCAGCUCUAUCAACAUAAGUCCCAACUUGGUGUGGAAACCCGAUAUUGUUCUGCAUAACAAUGUCAAUGAAGAAGGAGACCAUGGCGAGCAGUAUCUGUUCGACACAAAGAUCAUCGUCAGCAGUGACGGUACAGCCACGUGGUUGUCCCCAAAUCUCAUCAAAAGUUCGUGCAAAAUCAACGUCAAGUAUUUCCCUUGGGACAUACAGACAUGUUACCUCAAAUUCGGCUCAUGGACUUUCAAUGGCUUCAAACUUGACCUGGAUUUCUACGGAGAAAAACCUGGUGCGGACUUGAGUACUUUCACACUAAAUGGUGAGUGGGAUCUGUUGUCAGCGGACGCGACGAGGAACGUGGUUUAUUAUGGAUGCUGCGUGGAACCUUAUCCAGACCUCACGUUCGAGAUAAAAAUAAAGCGGCGUACCUUGUUCUACGUGAACAACUUGAUUAUGCCGUGCAUCGUCCUAGCCCUUCUCACAGCAACAGCGUUCCUCUUUCCGCCUCAAACGGGCGAGAGAAUAUCUCUUAUGAUCACCAUUCUACUUGGUAUGACUGUUUUUAUGAUCGUAGUGAUUGAAGCCAUACCGUCUACGUCAGAGGUGACUCCUCUUAUAAGUACCUACUUCUCUGUAGUCAUGAUCGAGAUUUCCCUGGGUCUCCUGUGCACCUGCAUUAGUCUCAACAUAGAGCAUCAACAUCCUAAAAUGGAACUCACAGGAUGGACACGGUACAUCUUGUUCGAGGUACUGGGUCCUAUUCUGUGCAGCAACUCUUUAAAGAGACUGAAGAGGAAACAGCUUAAAAAUAAAGUAAAAAAUGAACCAAUCGAAUGUUACGUGAAAGAGAACCGCAUCGUCCCCGACGAUGACAAAAUCGUCGUUACGAACAUAAAGUCGCAAGAGGAUGUGAAAAACAUUGUUAACGUGGAAGAGAAGGAGGUUAAAGUGGCGGGUAUGGAAAAAGUCUCCAAGUUCAUAGAUCGGGCUUUGUCUGAAGAUAAGCGCAAACUAGAAUGGCAUGUUGUUGUAAACGUUAUUGACAAUUUCUUUUUUUUUCUGUUUCUUCUGACCAUCGUCAUUUCUUCGCUGGUGGUACUCAUACAACCGAAGCCAGAGAGCUGAAAAUUUGUUGGUCAUUGCCUAGACGUAAUAUAUAGAACAAGCGUCAUUUCUUUAAGUUUUCUGGGCGGGCAGAUGGAGGCAAGUGCAGGGCUUGUGCGAGGAAAGCCCGACGAGUGAGUCACGCAAUGAAGACCGCUCAUCCCUCGCGCAUAACUCGCGUUUGACACGCGCAUGAAUUUCGCACUGAGCUCACUCCACUCGCCCGAAGAAUCGCGAGAGAAUGACAUUUUUUGUGAAGGUUAUUCUUGAUAACGUACAUUAAGGGAUUACUUGUGCAUUAAGACUUUUCAAUGAAUGCUAUAUGGGAAGAGAACUCGGUGGAUUGUCAUUCCCGUAAACGUGAAUUUUAGUCAAUUCGCAGUCUUCCGAAAUCUUGAGACCACAUAAUUGCAGGAAAGAGUUGCAGUGACCUCAAGCCAUAAGUUAGUCUUAAAGGACCCUGGUUUGCAAAACAGCGGUAUAUUUUAACAUUUUACAAUGGAGCAGAGGCACCCGCGAGGCAAGCACGCAAGAGGAGGGACGCGACCUCGCGUGACACUAGCACUCUAAAGUCGCCUUACGCUUGCUUCCGCUCUCCUGAAAGAACGCGUAAAAGAUAAGCAGCCCUAAAGGAUCUUAAAAGGACCCCUUCGAUUUAAAAAAAGAACACUAAGUUUCGUUCUACAUGUCUCAGGGCGUAAAUCAUCCGCAAUUGUAACUGUCAAAAUUAUUGUAAUAUUUUCCAGUCUUUCGCAUACUCCUCAAAACAUAAGGGAAAAGUUUUGUAGCAAACACCUUUUGACUAAGAAUGCAAUAACCUUAAGAUCAAUCUGCAUCUCACUGAUAUUUUAAGAGAGGCUGGUGUUCAUAAAAAUGGGAAGAAGUACUAGUGUAAAAAAGAGGAUUAAGACGUUUCAUUGUAACUGUGGUGUUCAUAGCCGAACAGAUUGCAAAUUAAAUUAUUCAUAGCGUAAACUAUUUGUGGAAAGCGUGACGCUUUUGUAGACAAUACUUUAUAAAUGACGGGAGGCUCUCAGCGCCAACGAUGCAAUUUUUCGGGCACCUGUUGGUUUCUAGUACUAGAUUUUAAACAAUGAAGGGAGGCUCUCAGCACCAACGAUGCAAUUUUCUCCGGCACCUGUUGGUCUAGUACUAGAUUUUAAACAAUCACGCAGGUUUCGGAAAGCACCAUGAAA